AUGGUCUCUGGUUCUUGCGAGGCUGGAGCUGCUCGACAGGGUCUUGAUCAAGGGGUGCAAGUGCGUGCUUCUUCUCAAGAACCAGAGGAGGGAGAGAGGCUGGUGUGCCCUGCGGAUCCAGCCCGUGUUGCUCUCUCACAUGAGCAGGACGACGUCAGCCCUGUGAGGCAGCGUUACGCUGUUGUAGACCUCCUGGACACGUCAGAAGAAAGAACAGCUGCUUCGGGUGACCCUGGGAUGUGGAGCUUUGACGACAUGGAGGGUUGGACGCCAGGAACAUGUGACCACGACAAGACAUUCAGGGCAGGACAAGGUUUAAUCACACUACUCGGAAUGGCAGGAAGUAUCUUCCCGACCGAGGGACCUGGUCUUCUGCAUUGCAGGCAGGCCCUUUACUGCCGGAACCACCAGGGAAGACCAUCCGCUACCCCUCACACCGACCUUGGGGGUGGAGGAGUCCUGUGCCACCCUGAGCGGGACGGGGAGCUUCAAACGCUGAGGCCUCUUGCUUCAUCGCCGGUGGCCCUGUGGCAGAUAGACCCUUGGGAGAACAAGGGUCCAAACGCAGACCUGCCCGAGUCUAAAGUCUGA